AUAUUUUGACGGCUGGUUUUUCGCAGACAUUUUUUACGCAAUCAAACCAACCAUCCAUUUUGCUCCUCAUCCAAAGAACAAUUAAAUGACCAAUGAAUAAACGGAAAAACAAACAAACUCAAAUAAUAAAUUGUAAAAAUCAAACAUAAAUUGUUAAAAAGCCAAACAAGUCAAGGCGGCGGUAAAUUGUGGAAAAAUAUUUGAAUUUUUUUAAUUUCGCAAACGCUAAGCAAAUUAUGGAACAGUAUGGAAAUUUUGGACCAUUAAUUGGUGUCAUCUAUCUAAGCAAUACACAUUGUAAAUUUAUGAUUUUUUCAACCAAAAAUGCCGAAGUUUUGACUUUCCAUGAAUUAAAGCUAAAACAAAUAGUCCACAAUGCCGGUUGGCUGGAAUAUGAUCCCAAUGAAAUAUGGAAACAUACCCAGGAAUGUAUUGAGGUGGCUUACAAAAAUCUGGUCAUAUUAGAGAUCAGUCCGCAUGACAUCAUCGCCUUGGGCAUAUGUAAUAUGCGAGGUACCACUGUCAUGUGGGACAAAGAAACUGGAAAUGUUUUACACAAUGCCAUUGGCUGGACUGAUUGUCGUUGUACUUCAAUGUUGAAGACAUUGCUUAAUAAUGUUAAACAAAAUGUUGAUUAUUUACGGCCCCUGUGUGGCUUGCCAUUGAGCACGUGUUUUAGUGCUUUGAAGAUUAAAUGGUUAAUUGAAAAUGUAACGGCUGUGAAGGAGGCUUUGGAGAGGGAUACAUUAUGUUUUGGAAACCUGGACUCAUGGAUAAUGUGGAAUCUUACCGGUUCCGAAACAUGUGGCGUUCAUUCCACAGACGUAACUAAUGCACAAUAUACUGGCCUUAUGAAUAUACACACAAUGCAGUGGGACAAGCAACUAUGCAAUUUUUAUAAAAUACCCAUGCAAAUACUGCCGCAAAUACGUUCCAAUUCAGAAAUUUUUGGUUAUGUUAUCGAAGGACCACUAAACAAUACACCAAUUGCCAGUUGUAUUGGUGAUCAACCUGCAGCUUUAUUGGGUCAACUAUCGUUAAAGGUUGGCCAAAACGUUUGUUCCAUAGAUGAUAGUUGUUUUUUAUUAUUAAAUACUGGCGAAGAACUUAUCGAAUCGGAAAAUGGCCUGCUCUCAAUAGUUUCAUAUAAAUUAGGUCCAAAAGCCAAGGCAUGUCAUGCCUUGGAGGGCGCCAUCAGUAAUGCCGGUUCAACGGUCCAAUGGCUUAAGGAGGGUUUGAAAAUUAAUACGGAAAUUAAUUCAAAUGAUAAUGUCGUCGAGGUGUUGAAUACAUUUCUGGGCGAAAGUUCUAUGAUCUCAUCAUCAUGUUCCUCAAGUAUAUUGAAUGCUGAGUGUGGUUUGGCAGCACGAAGAUCGGAGAUUACCUUUGUACCUGCUUUUCAUGGUCUUUACGCACCCUAUUGGAGAUAUGAUGCCAGGGGCAUCAUUCUUGGUCUGACAAGUCAAACUACUGCCGAAAAUGUUACCCAGGCUGCCUAUGAGGCAACCGGGUUUCAAAUCCACGAAGUCUUGGAGGCAUUCAAACGUGAUACACCCACAUGGAAUUGGAAGGAUAUAAAAGAACGACUGAUUUUUGGUGGAGAUUAUGCGGAGAAUACUUCCUUUGUUCAAUUCAUUGCCGAUAUUGUGGGGUUUGUGCUGGAAAGGCCGCAGACCACGGCACCAUGUGCAUUGGGUGCCAUGAUAGCAGCUGGCAUUACAAUGAAAGUUUUGGAUAAAAACUAUGCACAAAUUGCAUAUGUCCCACCCUCAGAUGCCAUUAGUCCAACUACCACACCAAACCGCCGUGCUUUGCUCUACAAACGCUGGGAGUAUGCCGUUAAGAAGUGUUUAAGCUGGAACAACUAUGAAACAUUCGAAGAGGACAUUGCCUUGUUUGCCCAAAGAGAACGUGACACAAAUCUGCCCAUACGCCGUUCCCUGCCGGGCAGUAUAUUUCUGACCAGUGCAUUUGUUUUCCUAAUCGUAGCCAAGUUCUUAAAUAACAAGUAAAUUUAAUUUAUCUUAAUCUAAAGAUAUUUACCAUAGAUAAUUGUGUUAGGAUUUCUUUUAUUUAUUUUUUUUUUUUGCCCCCGAAAAAAACAUACGUACAAAGUGUUAAUAGAAUAUUUUUUUUUUUUUUAAUUUUAAUGAACAAAAAAGAGAAAAGAAAAACUAUGUAAAAUUUUGUUAAAUGCAAUUUUUUUAUUUAUUGCUAAUUUUAAAUAUUUUUAACUUAAUUUGAUUUAGUUAUAAGUUGGAAUAUUGUUUUAGUAUAAAAUCUAGUCAUAUAUAGAUAUUUUAAAUUUGUUAACUAUAUAGCUAUAGAAAUUGUGUAUAUUAAUUAUUUUUAAGAAUGGCAUUUGUUUUUUACUCUACACACAAGAACAAAUGACAUUUGCCAACUAACUAGGUUCCUUGCUACCGGGAAUCAUACAAACGGGAAUGUUCAUGCAGGAACAAAGAAUAUUUUCCCCCAAUCUCCUCUCUUUCCAAUACUGUCGAUUUACUUUUAUGAUGAACAUAUUUUUAGCCAUGAGGAGUAUGUCAUUUUUUCUGUUUUUUUUUUUCUUAUGAAAAUAAAACUCUGCUUUCUUUUCUUACAAAACUCUUUUUUUCUUCAUUGGAAAACAUGAGUUUAGUUCU